AUGUCAGCGUACACCACCCGUACUGUGGGACCGUUAUACACGGGGACGAUGGGAGGCGCAGUAGGUCGGUGCUUCCAGCCGAACCUAGUCGAAGCUGACGAUCCUGGAGGACACGUACGAUCCUCGACGCCACAGUCGCUGCCAACGUGGCGUUGCACUGUUGAGGAAGAAUCGAACCGGUGUCAAGUCGCAGUUGAAUCGAAGACGGUGAGCCGUGUCGAGUCCGUGCAGUAG